CACAGGCUUCUCAGAUCGGUGAAUAGGCUAGGGUUGUCUUGUCUCCGGUUACAAGAAAGGUUCUUACUUGUUUGCAAUUAGGUUGAGUGUGAUCUGAUCAUUUUCGUAGGAUAGGGUUAGGGUUAGGGUUUCGGAUGAUCACGAGGACCGUACAAGCUCGCGCGACGUGAUCUUGAUAUCAGUAAAAGAGAUAAGAUUAGAAAAGACUACAAUGAUAUCUCUUUGGGAAAGAGUGGUGGAGUUUAUAUUCACUCCGUUCAAGCUAACACACGCAUGAUGAAUGAUGUGAAAGACAAGAGCAGCGAAGAGUACCAACGUCUUACAUGGGAUGCUCUUUGGUCAAUUACUUAGCACAGGUGCUCUCCCUUGGCAUGUUCUUGCUUACAUUAGGUUAAAUGUAGAGGACACAACUUCCUCUUCUCGUAUCUUCACUAAGACCCUUUUCCUGAAACUGUCAGAUGACUUGGGGAUUAAGGAACUUAAUGAGAGGCUUCAGGAUCCAACAAUGCAGGAAUCAUUUGAAUCUAUCUUCCCUAAAGACAACCUAAAGAACAUUAGGUUUGCAAUCAACUUCUUUACCGAGAUUAGUCUUGCAGGCAUCACAAAUCUCAGAGAGUAUCUGAAGAACAUGCCACGCCUCAUCUUGCAAAAGCAGAAGAAAGUUUUGGAAUCAGAAUCAGGAUUGUCAUCUGGAUCUGACAAUUCUGGUCCAGAGUCUGAUUCUGAGUCAGACUCAUCAUCUUCUUCAAGUUCAGAUGAAAGCAACAGAGAGAAGAGGAAACGAAGAAGAAGAUCUUGAGACUGUUUUGUUUGUUAUCCCCACCAAACUUCUGAAAUCUUCAUAUGGUUCAAAUCUUGUUUCAUUUUGGUUAUUCAGGUUGAAUUUACAUGAGAACUCAGUUGAGCAACCACCUGGUUCUCUUCUUGCACAUCAAACAUAUAUAGUUCAAACUGUUCACAUCUUGUUUUGUUUUGGUAA